AUGUUUAACACAACGCCGCCAAGAAGAGUUCUUAAACUUGCAAACAAGAAGAAAUCUGCAACAGAUGCUGUAGUUCAGAAUCGCUCCAACACCUGUUCUAACUCUGGACAGCACCUCAAUUAUCGCAAGCCCCGAUCUUCGAAAGUCUGUCAGCCAUCAGCGAUUCACCACCGAUACUGCGAUGCUGUUGAUGGGGUUCCGAAUUUUGAAACUACCUGCAGAGGGUACAACUGCAAAAAUUCUUUUCAGUUUUCCAAUUUGUUGGGAAAGAAUUUGAAAAGCUACAUUGAGUCUGAAGAGAAGAACGAAACCCUUGGUCAAAAUGUCAUUGUAAAGAUCAAUGUUAUUGGAUCGCCACAGGUUGGAAAGACUUCUCUUAUACAAAGACUCAGAGGUGAUGCAAGCUCUCGAAAAACCGUUGUUGCAUUAGAUGGACAACCAAUGGAACUAGUUUUUCAUGAAACAGACAUUCGUUUGCAGAGGGAGAUUACGCAUAGAGAUUCAGAUGCCUUUCUCCUCGUUUAUUCACUAGAAGACAGACGGUCCUUGUCUACUGUUGCUCAAAUGGUUCGUCAGAUGCGAUACAAGUAUAAGAUUACCUCGCCAAUAUUCCUUGUGGCCAAUAAGAUGGAUCUUGUUAGGAACCAGUCUUUAACAAAAGAAGACGGAAAGCUCUUAGCACGAGAACACAAAUGUAAAUACUCAGAAACCUCGCUUUUACAACAGAAUGACCUUGAUACAUUUCUUCUCACCAUCCUAAAAGGAGUAGUUGUCAAGGAUGAAUCAUAUUCCGAUAUUGAAUGUAAAAGUAAUGAAUUCGAAUCAACGAACAAGACACAAAAAGGACCGAUUCUAAGACUCCUAUCAAAACUGUCUAAGUGUUAUUCUAGCUAA